GAAAACUGUUCUGUUGUGCCUAUGUGAUGGAAUAAUACCUUAUUAUCGAUGGAUGAACAAAUUGAUAAUUCAUUGAAAGAAGCUGCGAGAGAACACGAAAAUAAAAGUUCAGAAAACCCUAUUUUAGAAGCAAAAAAAUUAUUACACAAAAACUUAAAAAGUUCCCCACUUUGUUCUAUUCUGUUUGGAGCUUCUAUACCAAGUUCACUACGAGAAGAAAUUGAUUCGGCAAUAUCUACGAUUCUAGCGAGGGAAACAAUAAAUAUAUCUGGAAACGAAUCUCAAAAAGUUUAUGUCACUAAUCAUUAUGGCUUUUAUAAUACGCAAUCUUCGGCUGGAAAGGAUGAUAUAGAAGAACUUAAUGAUUCAUUGAACUGUGUGGAAGAUGGGCGUUCUAAUGGUAAUUUUCUAUCACCUCUCGGAGAUGGAAGAGUCGCAGAGGAGACUACAAGAAGAAGAAAAAGUUUGCAAUUACGUCAAAGGAGUUCGUCCUCUAAGACUCGCUUCUACGAAUCAGGAGAAAAACAUAGACCAAAGCCUGGAGUGGUAAGCGAAGAGUUACGAUGUGCAUUAGGGCUUCGAUCUGAUGAGCUACCUAUGUGGAUUUAUCGCAUGCGUAUAUUUGGUUAUCCCCCAGGUUAUGUGGAGGAAGCAAAGCAUAUUUCUAACGAAUUAAUUAUGCAUAAUGAACCUGAUACACCCACAAUUCGACCAACAAUUUCAUACGAUCAUGACGAAUUUAUUAAUUACCCUGGUUUUAAUACGCCGCCGCCAAGCAGAACAAGAGAUGAGUUCAGACGCUAUGACUCUCCCCAAUACAAUAAUAGGUUUUCAUUAAAGAAUACAUUCCCUCAGGAAUUAUUUCCUCAAGCCAAGAAGCAAGUUAAACCGAAAAGAGCUCGAAAAACAUCUUUAGAAGACUUAGAAGCAAGGAGAGAGGAGUUGGAAAGGGAAUUAAAUGAAUAUAAAUCUGACGAAGAUAUUGAAGCUGGCCAAGCUGUUGAAGAAAUGGAAACUAUUGAACCUCAAAAGGCAUUAAAUGUAGAGUCGAAGACAUACUAUAUUCCAGCUCUCAAUGAAAAUAAGCCUAGUGUCUCAUCAUUCGCAAAAAAUAUUACUCCAUACGAGCAUACUUUAGAAUUGGAAGAACCUCCCAAAGAAAGAAAUAUAAUGAGCGUGAUCUCAGAGAUCAAUAAAAACUAUCAGGAAAGGUAUUUUAAUGAAGUGGAUAAUGAUUCAAGUUGA